CUCAAAUUCGUUCGUCCUGCAAAUAAAAUUCUCGAUCUCGGCGAUUUCAUAAGCAAAAUCAGACGAAUUAUCGCAAAAUUCCGACGAAUUCGAAAGCGAAAAAGAGUAGCAGAGUCAUGGAAUCGGAGCAGAACGAUGAGUACAGAGCGAUCUUGAUCAAUUUCGAGCAGACAGAGCUCCGCCUCGGCUUGCCCGGUGGCGACGGCGGCGACACCAGCGGCGGGAAGAGUAGCUCGGCGGCGAAGAGAGGUUUCAUGGAAACUGUGGAUUUGAAGCUUAAUCUAUCGUCGUCAAUGGCGCCGGAGAAGGAGGAGGCGACGAAUUUGGAAGAGACUAAAAGCUCUUCGCAACGGCCUAACGAUUUCGCUAAGCCUCCUUCCAAAGCACAAGUAGUCGGUUGGCCGCCGGUUCGAUCAUCAAGGAAGAAUUUGGGGGCGCAGAGGACCGGUGGGGAAGACGGCGGCGGGGGCGGCGGCGCGUUCGUGAAAGUUAGCAUGGACGGCGCUCCUUAUUUACGGAAGGUGGACUUGAAGCUAUAUGGUAGCUACAAAGACCUUUCCCACGCGCUUGCCAAAAUGUUUAGCUCUUUCACCGUUGGAGGAACGUGCGAGUCGGAAGGAAUGAAGGAUUUCAUGAACGAAAGAAAAUUAGUAGACCUUUUGAACGGUUCAGAAUACGUACCGACUUAUGAAGACAAAGAUGGAGAUUGGAUGCUCGUCGGCGAUGUACCAUGGGAGAUGUUUGUCGAUUCAUGCAAACGUUUACGGAUCAUGAAAGAGUCUGAAGCGAUUGGACUCGGUAAGUCACACAAAUCUCUCGUUUGAUUCUCUUAUUAAUUUUAUUUUUAAAAUUUGAUUUAAUUAUGGACAGCACCAAGAACAAUGGAGAAAAGCAAGAACAGAAGCUGAGGUGUUUUUAUUUACGAAAAUUUGUUUGAUAUUUACCGAUUUAAAUUUAUUUUCUAAUUAUUAUAUAUUAAGAACAAGAGGGGUUUAUGUGCAAUUUCUAAUUAUUAUAUAUUGAGUUUGUAAGGACUUAUAAAUAUAACAUUAGCAUAGAGGGGUUUAUGUGCAAUUUCUACUUAAAACUUAAUAUUUUACAUAUUAUGCUGUA